UUCAAAGCAUGGAUUUGUUUUGAUUGAAAUUCCAUCAAAAAUAUCUAAAAAAUUCCCUAAAAAAACAAAAAUUAAAUCAAAUCUCACCCAUUAAUGAUGAAAAUUAAAGUUCUUAGUCGAAAUCCCGACGAUUAUCUGCGCGAAACAAAGCGAGAUAUACACAAAGUUCCUCGCAAUUACGAUCCUGCUUUGCAUCCGCUUCAAGCGCAACGUGAAUAUGUUCGUGCCUUAAACGCCACCAAACUCGAACGGGUGUUCGCCAAACCGUUCAUUGGAAAUUUGGAAGGUCACAACGAUGGAGUCACUUGUUUCGCUAAACAUCCUUCUUUGCUGGUGACGAUGGCAAGUGGCGCUUAUGACGGAGGCAUUUGUGUUUGGGAUCUGCCAACGCGGGAAUGCAAACGAAAAAUUGACGCGCACGACGGAUGGGUUCGUGGAAUUUGUUACAACACCGAUGGCAGUAAAUUUCUCACGGUAGGCGAUGAUAAAACGAUCAAAACGUGGAAUUCGUACGUUUCGGACCAAGAAAUCGAAUAUGAACGGGACGAAGAGCCUGUUAACGUGAUUAUGAGUAAGACGAUGUUGACGGGCAUCACGCAUCACAAAAACGAACCGAUUUUCGCGACGUGCGGCGAAACGUGUUACUUGUGGGAAGAAACGCGAACAAUCCCCUUGCAAACGAUGAGUUUCCAGGUUGACACGAUGCACGACAUAAAAUUCAAUCAGCUUCAUUCGCACUUGAUUGGCGCUUGUGGGAGUGAUCGCAGUGUCAUUUUGUACGACAAACGCGAAGCGAAACCCGUGAAAAAGGUCACAAUGACACUCAGACCGAAUCGCAUGAGUUGGAGCCCCAAACAAGCGUACAUCUUUGCUGUCGCGAACGAAGAUUACAACGGAUAUUCCUUCGAUUAUCGCUACUUGAAAAAUCCCACGAAGAUCUACAAAGGACACGUUCAGGCAGUUCUCGAUGUCGAUUGGUCGCCAACGGGUGAGGAACUCGUAACCGGAAGUUAUGACAAAACCAUUCGAAUUUUUGCGGCGCAUCAGUCGUCAGCACGUGAAAUUUAUCACACGAAACGAAUGCAGCAUGUUACCUCGAUCGGUUGGAGUAUGGAUAAUAAAUAUGUCUUUAGCGGAAGUGACGAGAUGAAUAUUCGACUGUGGAAGGCAAGGGCAUCGGAGAAAUUGGGAGCUCUGAGACCGAGGGAGAAAUUCGCAUUUAGUUACAAUGAGGCGAUUAAGGAACGUUUUGCGGCGCAUCCACAAAUUAAGAGGAUCGCGAGACACAGACAGCUGCCGAAAUAUGUGUACAAUGAAGCGAAGAACUUGCGGUUGCAGAUCAAUAGACUUAAGAGGAAGGAAUCGAAUCGGAGAGUUAAUUCGAAGCCGGAUACAGUUCCAUUUGUGGCGGAAUUGUCCACGAAAGUUAUCAAGGAAGAGGAACCUAAAAAGAAACGGAAAUUUUAAUUUUUUUAUUAAGUUUUUCAAUAAAUAUUUUCUUAAAUUUAA